UUCAAGGCUGUAGUCUUCUGUGCUUUUGCAGUUUUUAUUCAGCAGUCUUUGCUAACCCUUAUCUCUCAAGAGCGAGCUGCGGCUGCAACUCCGGCAAAGUACUUGUCAAAGAAAUCGAAAAAAUCGAAGAGAUAUCUUACAAACCGAUAGGUAUUGCCUCAAAUAGCUAUUCGAGCAACUGCGUGUCCAUCGAAAUCCCUACCAGCGGAGGCGCUAUGGCUAUUACCAGUCUCGGUCCCAUCGCGCCGUCCGGCAUCGCCGUGGCCACCGAGCUGGGCCUGGCGGGAGACCUGGAGCUGUCCGGCGAGCUGCCGUACCUGAGCGCUGUGGAGUUCCAGGGCCAGUUCGACACCAGCGGCGCCGCGGGCGUGGCGUACGGCUGUGGGGACUGCAUCGCCAUCACGCAGGAGAUCGGCAACCCGACCGGCGUCAACGCCAAUAUCAACUCUGGCUCCAAAGUCGUCAGCGUCUGUGGUUGUGGCAAAUACUAAAGAAAAAUUGUGUAGAUAGUCUUAUUAAAUUAAAAGUUAUACCUACAUACGAA